GAUAUGUAAAUUGCAGAACCCUUCCCCUCAAAAAGGAACAGUCGUGAGAGGGUUUAAGCCAAACCAGAGGCAGCCAUGGAGGAAAACAAACAAGAAUCACUCCGCGAGGCAGCCCGAGACGGCGACCUUGGCAGAGUGAAAUCCCUGAUUGCAUCCGGAGCUGAUGUCACCUACUUCGAUGGUGAGGGCCUGACGCCGCUGAUGCACGCCGCCAGAAACGGCUACCCUGAAGUGGUGAAAAUGCUCCUCGAUAGCGGCGCCCCCUGGAACGCUCUCUCCCCUUCCAAUCUCUCUGCCGGAGACUUCGCCAUGGAAAAUGGUCAUCAAUCCGCUUUCGACAUCCUCCUCAAUGCAGGCAUACAAGCUGAAUUGAUUCUUGGAACAAUAGCAAGGAAAGACAAUGCAGAUGGUAAACCUAAUAGGGAUUAUUUAGAAGACAGGGUUACUUUUAGUGAGGAUAAGGUAAUGGAUACAAAAAGCAAGGCUGUUAUGAUGGCUUGGGAGAGGCCACUAAUGGAAGCUCAUGCAAAAGCUAUUUGCUCACGAGGUGGGCACAUAUUAAACGUUGGGUUUGGCAUGGGUCUUGUGGAUACUGCAAUACAACAAUACGCACCUGUGUCACACACUAUUAUUGAAGCUCAUCCUGAGGUCUAUGAUCGUAUGCUUCGCACUGGGUGGGGUGAAAAGGAGAAUGUGAAGAUAGUGUUUGGUCGCUGGCAGGAUGUUCUCUCUCAACUGGAAUCAUACGAUGGGAUAUUCUUUGACACCUACGGUGAAUAUUAUGAAGACAUGAGAGAGUUUCACCAAUAUCUACCACGAUUGUUAAAGCCUGGAGGAAUAUAUUCAUUCUUCAAUGGUCUUUGUGGUGGUAAUCCCUUCUUUCAUGUUGUUUAUUGUCAGUUAGUUGCUCUGGAACUUGAGAAUUUGGGUUACUCAACACAGUUGAUACCCUUACCUGUGAAGGAAUGCUUAGGAGAAGAAACGUGGGAGGGUGUGAAACACAAGUACUGGCAGUUGGAUACUUAUUACCUUCCUGUUUGUCAGUCAAUCGAUGAUGCUGACUAAUAGUUUAUUUACAUUGUGUUUUUGAGUUUUGUGUUAUGAACACGUUAACAUGUACUAGAGUGUAACCUGUCAUUCGGUUCUUCCAUAGUAGAGUCUGAAUAUCUGAUUGAUAACGAUGGUCUUUUCUCUUGUUUCUCCUGGUUCAUGAUGUUUGACAAAUUAUGCUAGGUAAUAUAUAUGCUUUAUCGGA